AACAUGGCGACUUCCAUUUCUGGACUUUUAAAACCUUGGACGCCCAGGGUGUUUGCGGUGCGAUGGAGCCGAUAUAAUCCAUACUACCUGGAACCAGAGGUGAAGAAGGAAGUCCAUGACAAACUAGAGACGGAACUCAGCGAGGAGGAGAAGGAAGAACGGGCGCUCAAGGCUCUCAGACCCAUCAAGGCGGCCGAAAACAGCGCCACCAGCUCAGUUUUCUAUGAUCCUGUCAUCAGUAAAUUCAUCAACAUGAUGAUGAAGCAUGGAGAUAAGGUUUUGGCGAGAGAGAUCAUGACGGAGACAUUGGAGCAUAUUAAAAGGAAACAAGUGGAGAAGUACCACAAAGCUCCACAAGGGAAAAAAGAGGAAAUUGAUUGCAACCCCUACUCUAUUUUCCACCGGGCUUUAGAAAACUGCAAACCUGUCGUUGGUCUCAUCAGCAUCCAGAAAGGAGGAAAGCAUUACCAGGUACCCGUGCCGCUUAGUGACAACAGGCGGCGCUUCCUCGCCAUGAAAUGGAUGAUCACCGAGUGCAGGGACAACAAGCACAGGCGCACACACAUGUACGAGAAGCUCUCUCAGGAGCUGAUGGCAGCCUCUGUUAAGGAAGGAAGUGUCUUCAAGAAAAAGAUCGAGUUGCACAAAAUGGCUGAAUCCAACAGAGCUUACGCACAUUUCCGAUGGUGGUAG